AUGUUGCGCCAAGCGAAGCUGCCUGCGCUGCUGCUACUCGUGCAGCUGCUGCUGCCACUGCCACUGCUGCAUGCCACGCCCGUGUCCAGUCCUGAGAUAGCCAACAAGUCUGCCAAAUCAGCGAACAGCGUGCAGCAGCUGCAGCAGCAGCAGCAGCAGCAACAACUGCUCAAGUCGAGCAAUCAGGAUGCGCAUCUGAACUCGCUGAGCGCCUAUGCCACAAGCUACGACAGUUUGGGACAAAUGCCGCAGCAGCAAGCGCAGCCAACUAUAGAGGCGGGCUUCAAGCCUUCGUAUAAGCUGCCCGAGAUGGAAACGAACUUUACGCCCAUACAGGAUGCUCAGGGCGGCGCUCAACUGAGCAUUGGCUAUGCCGAUGCCAACUUGGCCAGCAUGUCCAGUCUGCCCAGCACCCCGAUGCUGAUGCAAUAUCUGCCGGCGCAGCUGAGUCAAGACGGCAGCGGCGGCAACGGCGGCGGCGGCGGCGGCGGCGCUGUGCAGUAUCUGCAGUUAAUACCCACGCGUCCCAUUAUCGUGCCCAUUAGUCCGUAUCUGAAUGCAGCCAAUGCUGCGGGCAUGUUGCAAGCCCAGGCGCCCAACAUAAAUGCCGCUGCGGCUGAAUAUAAUGCACGCGCCGCUGCCGCUGCCGCUGCCAUUGCGCCGCCCGUGCAGCUGAGCACGCUGCCCGCUCCAAGCGCUGGCCAUGUAACGGGACUGCAUUAUGCCGCUGCUGGGUUGCAAGGUUAUGCCAGCGCCAUUGCGCCCGUCGCCGCCUAUCGCAGCAGCUAUCGCAUCAAUCGCGAGGCCAAGGACAAGGGACACUUCCCAGCCGCCUUUAGCUUGAACCUCAACGAGUAUUUGCCCAACACGCGUGCGGGACACGAUGCAGCGCCCGCUGCUCAGCUCUACAUCAGAGGCAGAUCUUAAAUCUUAGCGUGCCACACACA